UUCACGUAAUGUAGUUGCCGAUAAUAUGGUUUCCAUCAUAUGGCAUUAACUUGUUUUGUUUAUAAACGAAAACUUUUAAAUUAUUAAAUUUGUGAAAACAAAUAAAAUGGCCGAGGAAAUAACGUCAAAAUGUCGGACUUGCAUGAACCAACUUUUCAAUUUUUAUCAAAUUUACGACUACGUAGAUGAGAGCAAUCGAAUUGUGGACAUGCUGGAUGUGGUUGUGCCUCAAAUUCGCAUUAAAGAGGCUGGAAAUUCAUUUUCACAUUUAAUGUGCCAGAUGUGUGUUGAUAAAUUAAUCACAGGCUAUAAAUUUCAAAGAUUGUGCAUAGAAACGGAUAAUCAUUUGCGUUGUCAGUUAGGUGUGGCCCCACUUGCAGCUUACAUGAAGUCGGAUGCUUUGAUCGAUACCAUCAAUACGUGUGAACUGCGUCCUGCAACAGAUAGUGGCAAUAAUGUAAAGAAGGCAGAGCGUGUAACAGAAAUUAGCAAUACCAAUACAAAGUUUGAAUGCAGCGAUUGUGGAAAAGUGUUUGAUUGCAUGUCACGAUUAAAAGGACACAGUACACUUCAUCGCAACAAGAAAGAAAAAGAAAAAGCUCUCAAAGAUCAACAAAAUAAGGAACAAGACGAAGCGAACGGGGAAAAAGAUAUAAAUACGGUGGAAAAUAUCGUGGUAGCUCCUCAAAUAUAUGAAAAAUCAAGCGAGUAUGUUUUAAAUACCGAAGCGUUGAUGGCGAACAAAAUUAAUACCACAGAAGAAAGCAAUGAAAAGAAUAAAACGGACGAAGACGUGUCAAGCCCCAGUAAAAUUAAGAAACGUAAAAGAAAAGAGGAAACUUGGAAGAAGAAUGUGCUAAAAACUGCUCGGAAUUCAGGAAAAUCAUACGUAUCACAUACACCAGAGAAAAAAGUACGAAGUGAAAGGAAAGUAAAACCACCAUGCUUGGACAGUUGUAAACUUAAGUGCACCACAAAAUUAAACGAAAAUGAAAGGAACACAAUUUUUUCAAAUUUCUGGAAAUUGGCUAAUUUGGAAAAACAACGGCAGUACAUAGCCAACAACACCGAACCCAUUACACCCAAAUAUCGCUAUGUGCGUGGAGAUGGAAGUCGAAAACCCAGAAUUAUGAACAAUGCCUUCUAUUUUCGUUUGGGUGAAAAGAAAAUAAGAGUCUGUAAACUCUUUUUUAAAAAUACCUUAGACAUAAACGAUCGCAACAUAACAACUGUGCUAUUAAAAAAGCACAAAGUGGCAGAUACUAUAUUGGAAGAGGACAAAAGAGGCAAACAUGGUAACCAUCCGCGAUUAGAUGAAAGCAUAAGGGAUGGAGUUCGAAAUUAUAUAUCAAACAUGCUAAAGACUGAAAGCAUAUCAUACCGGCCGUAUAAAACAAAACAUUUCAUUGAUGGUACCAAAUCAAUUUCUGGUUUCUAUAAAGAUUAUCUACAAAGUUGUGAACAAAAGAAUGUUGCCAGCACCAACUAUACAUUAUUUUACAGAAUAUUCAAGGAGGAAUUCAAUAUAACAUUUUUGCAGAAAGAAACAAAGAAAAAGGCUACAUCUCAUUCUAAGAGUACUACUAAGGUUGAAGGAGAUGACAAAACACAUACUACUGAGAAAUAUGAUCAAAAUAUAAUUAUGAAUUUGCUAUAUAAUAAUUAAAUAGAAAAUAAAAUAAAUGUUUUUAGAA